AUGACGCUGUUGAAAAGAUCUCUUUGGAUUCAUGAUGUGUCUUUCUUUGUUACCAUCGGUACCUUCUUCGCUAUUACUAUUGCCUGUCUAGCCAAAUCAGCCCCAAAUUUCCAGGGGUCGUCACAUGUCUGGUCCACAUUUUUAAAUGACAGUGGCUGGAGUUCUGGUGGAGUUGCCUUUCUCACAGGCCUUGUUACCCCUAACUAUAUGUAUGCUGGAAUUGAUGGAGCGUUGCAUCUUGCCGAGGAAUGCCAAAAUGCCAGCACAGUUGUUCCUAGGGCAUUGAUGAGCACUUUGAUCAUUGGAUUUGUGACAUCCUUCGCUUUCAUGAUCGCGAUGCUGUACUGUACCAAUGACUUGGAUGCGGUUGUUGCAUCGACGACUGGGAUUCCUAUAUACGAGAUGUGGUAUCAAGCCACCAAUUCACGAACCGCAGCGACCAUUUUCAUCGUUCUUCUUUGCUUUGCCGCCACAUUUGCUCUUAUUGGUGCGCAACAAACUGCAUCUCGCCUGACUUGGUCGUUAGCAAGAGAUCGUGCGAUUGUCGGAAGCCAUUGGCUUGGUGAAAUGAAUAGGAAACUUGAUGUCCCUAUUUGGAGUCUUUUGUUCAACUUCAUCAUCAUGUUCAUCAUCGGGUGUAUUUAUUUGGGCUCUUCGACAGCAUUUAAUGCGUUUAUAGGUAGCGGUCUCGUCCUACAGCAUAUUUCGUAUGCCUUCCCCGCCGCCUUGAUUAUGUAUAGGAAGCGAUCUGACUUUUGGUUGCCUCGCACACGUUCGUUCCGCCUGCCGUCGACUGUGGGCUGGAUUUCCAAUAUUGUCACAAUCUGCUUUGCGAUACUGGUAUUGGUAUUUUACAAUUUCCCUACGACGAUGCCGGUCAGUGGGGGGAGUAUGAACUAUACCGUCGCCGUACUUGGUGUGAUGGCGAUAUUUGCGGCUCUAAAUUGGUGGUUUUAUGCGAAGAGGAAAUACCACGGCCCGCGUCUUGUUGAAUCUGAUGAGAUAGAAUCAUAA